AUGGCAAUUCAAAGUAACAAGAAGAGAAAACACGAACCAUCAUCACAGCCUUCCGAUAACGAUGAUGAAAAAAUGUCAAACGAUCCAAAUUUCGAAUCAGUUUUAUUUGAUGAAAUGACACAAGUCAAUUGUCAAUUAAUUUCAUUGGCCAAUAAGGUGAAACAAGUCGAUUAUCACUAUUUCUUGAAUAAUAGUGGUAUGAUUGAUGAAUUUAUUGGAAAUAUUCACGAGUUUUUAAAACAGGUAGAUAUUCACAGAAAGCAAGUUUCGUUCACUCGGUUGAGUGCCGAUAGUUUGUCUCAUAUUUUUCAAUUCUUGGAUACUACAACUCUGAAGAAUCAUUGUGGUUUGGUUUCUAAAUUGUGGAAUCAAUCAGUAGAAGGAUUGAAAGUGAGAGUGAGACCUCUCAAUGUUGAUAAUUUAUUGAAUAGUUCAUUAAUUAAGAAAGUUUCCAGUUUGAAAUUGGUUAAUCCUACUGCUAAUACCUUUAAAUCAAUUGCAAAGAGUAGAAAUUUGGUCAAUUUGCAAACAUUGGAUUUAUCUGACCACAAGUUAUCAAAAACUGCUAUUGGACAUGUGAAGAAAUUUCAAGUGCCAAAUUUAACAGAAUUGAAAUUGUGUAAAAUGAAAAAAUUUACAGAAAAAGAAGUUGCAAAGGAAUUGUUUCAUAGCAAGUUCAUGUCAAAUAUUAAGAAAUUGUAUUUAUCACAUUCCUUUGAAGGUUCUUCAAAGAGUUUUAUUGAAUCAAUUUCAGAAUCCAAAUACAUGAAUCAAAUCACUCAUUUGAACAUUAAUAAUACAUAUAUCGACAAAUAUAACAAGGAUACUGGAAUUGAUAAAUUCUUGAAAGAUAAAAUCAAUUUAGAACAUUUGGAAAUGGAAUUUUAUCGAUUGAGUGUUCAUCCCAAUUUAUUGACAAGUGGAAAUUAUAAGAAUCUCACAUAUCUUAACAUAUCUAAUUGUUUUGUUUCAAAUCAAGAAUUUGUAGAUUUGAUUCUUUCUCCCAAUUUACCUAAACUUACCACACUCAAGGCCAAGCGUUUAAACAAUUUUUACUGGUCUAAUGCACAACCGACCCAAGCAGUUGAAUUUCCUCCAAAUAGGCAAAGUUCACUAACUGAAUUAGAUUUGGGAGAUUUAACACUUCCUAAACUCUUCGAUCAUUGUCCGAAACUAAAGAAAUUAAGUUUUAGUGAUUUUGAUGAUGAUGAUAACAAUAAGGAAAUCCUCAACAUGAUGAAAUCUCCAAACUUAUCAAAUUUGGAAUAUUUGGAUAUUAACCAUUGGAAGGGAAUGUCAGAGAAUCUGUUCACCAAUCCAAUCUAUUCUAAUUUAAAGGAAUUAUAUUUAACACCUAUUCACCAGGUUGAACCAUUAGAUGUGAAUUUAGUAUCAAAUUGUACAAAUUUGGUCAAUUUGGCAAAAUUGUGUAUUAAGUCUGCACAUAUUUUAACCAAUGAUUGUUUAGAAGAAUUCAAUAAGAAUCCAACCUUUGUCAAGUUGACAAAUAUUACUUUACCAACCAAGUUGGUAACUGGUUCAGAUGACGAUUAUUUAGAUGAGGAUGACGAUUUCUUUUAG